UUGAAUCCGCCAGCCGAGACAGGGACUCCAUUUAACAUCCCUGAGAGUGGUGGGUGGACCCGCUUUGGUCAUUGCUCACUUCUUUGGGACCUAUCUCCUCCCGGUUGCCAGGAUCUGGACAGAAACUUUUGGACUUUCCUCGGGCACCGAGGCAGGUCCAGCGGGACUGAUCUCUCCGGGCUAUUAUCUAUCUCACGCACCGCAGCCCCAGUCUCCCCGGACCGCGCCGCGCCUUCUCCAACCUCAGCACCAUGGCUCCAUCGAAGAAGGCCUCAAGUCGGACAACCAAGAAGAGCGCGGUCCGAGGCAGAAAGCUCGCUUCCUUCCUCAAGGAUUUCGACCGUGAAGUACAAAUCAGAUCAAAGCAAAUACAGUCAGAUGCCCAGAAUCUUGUCAAAGAAGUAGACAACCUUUACAACAUUGAAAUCCUCCGGCUUCCCAAGGCUCUUAGAGAGAUGAAUUGGCUCGAAUAUUUUGCCCUAGGAGGAAGCAAACAGGCUUUGGAAGAGGCAGCAACAGCUGACCUGGAUAUCACUGAGAUAAAUAAGCUGACAGCCGAGGCUAUUCAGACACCCUUGAAAGCUGCCGUCAGAGCAAAGAAAGCAGCAAAAGUGGCUGAGAUGAUUAGAGAAGAAGAAGCUGAAAAUAUUAAUCCUCAAACUACAAAGACAAAGAGGUGUCCUACGACCAAGAAAAGGACUCAAUCAGUACGAGCAAAUGGCAGGAACAAAAGGUCCAACCAAAAUAGUCUUGUUACUCCAGCCACAGGCAGAUCUGAUUUCUCUAUAUUAGGACCAACUCCAGGUCUGACACCCAAGUUUGAUUCCAGAAUCUUCAAGACUCCAGGCCUACGCACUCCAGCAGCCAGAGAGAAGAUUUACAACGUUUCUGUGAACGGCAGCCCCCUGGCUGAUAGCAAUGAGGUCUUCCUUACUGUGCCAGUGGGUGGAGGAGAGAGUAUGCGCUUACUGGCCAGUGACUUACAAAAGAUGGAUCUGGCCCAUCUGGAUCCAGAGGCCUUGGGAAACAUUAAGAAGUUAUCUAAUCGACUUGCUCAGAUCUGUAAUAGCUUACGGACCCAAAAAUGAAGCGGCUGAAACUCUUCAAGAAGCCCAAGCCAGGCAUGGUGGGACUUAACAUGUGCAACUUUGCCAUCUCUGAAGGCUCUCUGCAGGCUCGUCGUUUAUUUGGUCCAAAGUUUCUUAUAAAGGGAUUGACUGGUGGGACAUUAGAGAUCAUGGAGAAACACACCUUUCUUCUCAUCCCCUUCCACCAGAACCCUCAGAGCAAAAAGUUAGGACGAUUGCUCCAAUCACAGCCUCUGUCCACUCCCCAAACUGGCUCACCUCCCGCCCGUCCUUCCCCAGGAGCGCUCCAGCUUGCCUCACACAGCUGCCACUAUUUCGUUUGUUUUUAGGACUUUGUCAGAGCUUUGGGGAUCGUGGGCGGUGGUGCCAUGUGCCACAAGGACAGGGGUUUGGCCUCAAGAGAAGGGCAACUGCAGCUGCUGCAGGAUCUUCCUCACAAUGACUGUAGCAUUAGCCCCUCCGUCUGUCUCCGCUUUCUCCUCUGUUCUGACCUGAUGUGUGAGGAAUUCUUUGUAUGUACUUAUUUUCAAUAAAUAGUUUUAAUAGUCAGAAUCCUGUCUGCCUAAGACUGACACCGUCUGAAGCAAGCUUGGGGAUUCUUGUUGCUGAGCCGAGGCCUCGCCCAGAUGCCAAAGCUGCUACCUGGUCCAGGAAGAUGCAGAUAGCAGGGAACAAGCCGCGGCUCCCUCAGCAGCUCCGAAGGCCUUUCCGAGCACCCUGCCUCUCUCCUGUCACUGAAUCUGGUCUUCACUAGCUCCCGACUCUGAAAUGGUUUUCCCCUUUGUUAGGUGCUGAAAGAGUUCAUUGGGAAGGGCAAAGCCAGGGGCCUCUCCAUCAGCCAGCGUGGGGCUGAGAACAAGAGCGCGCGGUUUCUCUGGCUUUGUGUGGGGCGUUUUUCCCUGCACAUUUCCCACGUUGAAUGUUCCUGGCCGUGUGGAGGAGAAGGGACCUGUGGCAGAUCUUAGCUGGCCACUUCCAGGCACACACGGAGCCAUGUGGAUUCACAGAUUGCUGGUGCGCGCGCCGGAGACAAAUGUCCAGCCUGUGUGGUGCUGUUUGACCUAACAUAUGGGCACCCUGAGUGUUGUCUAGUGUUCAUCAAAUAUUAAAGGAGCUGUCUCGGGAGGAUGAAGGACGCUUGUGGGAGCCACUGACAGGUGUCUGAGAUGGCCAGAUGGGAAUAGGUUUGGUCUGCUGCCCCCACAGAUGCUGAGAAUGGAGAGGCCCCCUUGAUAAGCCAGCACCGCCCAUCUAACCAGCGCGGUGCAGUGUUCACUGAGUAUCCGUUUGUGCUCACGUUAGGGAUAGCAGCCAGGUGACCCUGUGGAGAGAGUACCAGGCCUGGAGCCCUGGUACAUUUCCUAGUCGUGUGACCCUAGGCAAGUCACUUCAUAGAAAGGAAGGGUUUAACCACCACAGGAAAAGUCAUCAGUACUUUCUCCUGCCACCCUUCCUUCAUCCUGACUUCCUGGCUUUGGUGAGAGUACCGCUGUUCUCGUCUUCCCAGGCUUUGUGUUGUCUUUUGUUUUCCUUAUUGACUUUUACUCUUGCCUUUCUUUUAAAGUCAACAGAUAUAAAGUGGCUGUUUUACCCAGCCCUGGAAGAUACCAAAUUUAAACAAGACAGUCCCUGCUUUGAGCUUGUCAUCUAAUGGAGGAUGGCCUGGUGUAGGUGCUGGGCCAGUGCUGCUCCCCAUCGAGAAGCAGGGUGGGUUUCUGGAGGACAGAGCAUUUGCCCUGGCACUCUCAAACAGACCCAAAAAAUAGAAGAAAGAAACCUACAAGGGAAAUACCUUACAGGAAAACAGACUAAAAAGCUGAGAAAGCGAUGUGGGAAGAGAAGAGCAUCCCCAGGAGGAAAAAAUGAGAGCAAAAGUGCACAACUAACAAUUGACAGCAUUGAAAGCCUAGAAACAAACCAGGUGUUCCUGGAGUACAGCACUGCAAGAUCAUUGAGGAAUUAUUCCAGAAAACCCAAACAUUCAUGGAGGGAUGCGGAGGAAAGAAAGAAACAUCAAACUCCCACCAUGUGCCAAGCACUACUAGAAAACAGCCCGGACAAGUCAGGCAGCUUGUAACUACCACGCUGUAAAGGAGGAGGGCAAAACCAGUAAAAGAUUUUUCAGCUGAAAGGUAGUGAUCAGUCUUGUUAUGUGGGGAAACGGAAACUAACUGGUGGGUUUUUAAGCAAACAUUUUUUAUAUAUACAUAUGUAGUGUGAUCUUAUAGAUAUGAGAUUUUAUGUGUGUGUUAUAAUACUGAUAGAAGGGAGCAGUCCUUGUGGAGAAGGUCCCUGAGAUGACUGGAGGUGGCAUGCAUCAGGUGGGCCAAACCGUGGCACAUCCUCCCCACGGACCCUGAUGGAGAUGGUCAAGGGCCAAGUAGUGGCCCUUGGAUAAUCCUGCUUCCAGCCUGGUCCUUUCAGCAUCAGAGACUGGUGUCACUUUCAGAGUGGCCUUACAAUUGCCGAAGUCCCUGCCUCUUGCAAGCCACCACUAUAGAACUGGAAAAGAAGUUUCUCCCCACCAGGGGUGCUGACACCUGUUACAUGGUUCAAUACUCUGGUUAGAGCACCAGGCGUAAAGUCAGGGAGACUCGAAUUCAUAUUCAGUCUCAGACACUAAUCUGUGUGACCCUGAACAAGUAACCUCUGCUUCAGUUUCCUCAACCAUAAAAUGAGGAUAAAGGUGGCACCUACCUCCCAGGGUCAUUGUGAGGAUUGGAUGAGUUAAUAUUGUAAUGUGCUCAGCACAGUGCCUGGACAUAGUAAACACCUAAUAAAUGCUUGUGGGCUGACAUUUCAUUUUAUUUUUUUUUAAAUCUCUUCAUUCUAGCCACUGAGUCCUUGUAGUAAAGCCAUGUUUUCCCUCUGAGGCUCUGCUAGUGCUUAUUGGAGAGUUUCUCUUUUCUGGGCUUUCCUCUUGUCCAUCUCCUGACCCAUAGCAUUCUUCCAUCAUUUUUUACCUCUCUUCUGUUUACUCUUAUCUCCAGCCUUAAUUGGGACUUCAUGCCAUGGUAGUUUUCCUAGAGAUCUCUUUCUUGAUGCCCACAAGCUUUUGCUGCCUGGCCUUGUUAUGUUGAUUAUUAUCCAUCUGAUGCCCUUUAUAAUCUUUACUAAAGAAAAAUUGGGAGAACAGGGCUUCGGCAUGACCUCGGACAUUUGUCUUAACCAGAAGUCCUUUAGACCAACCAGUCAGAAAGAAUUUGAAAUUGUGCUAAAAAAGCAAAUAAAAUAUUCAUACUUUUCAACAUGGAAGUUCCACUAUUAUACACAGACCUCAACAAGGUCAGACUUUUAAAAAAAGAUCCUGUAUACACCAAGAUUCAUAACACUUUGUAGUAGCAAAGAAGUAGAAACAAAGUAGAUGCCCAUCAUUUGCAGCAAUGCUAAACAAAUUACACUAAAUGAAACAACAGAUGUGAAUUCAAAGACAUAAGGCAAUCUGCCAGGUUUAAUGACUAAGCUUUAAACUCUCAUAGAAGGGAUAAGGUACUUUCUUUUGCAGAGGUCAGGGGCUAAGCAAUGGGUGCUUUAGAGACUUGGUUAGGGGGCAACUGGGUGGCUCAGUGGAUUGAGAGUCAGGCCCAGAGAUAGGAGAUCCUGGGUUUUAAUCUGACCUCAGACACUAGCUGAGUGACCUUGGGCAAGUCACUUAACCCCCAUUGCUUAGCCCUUACUACUCUUCUGCCCUAGAACCAAUACCCAGUAUUGAUUCUAAGAUGGAAGGUGAGGAUUUUUUUUUUAAGUCAGAUCUCAUUGGUCUGAUGCUCAGCUUAUUGAAUUUUUAAAUUCCUUGUUAGAAAGGAUAGCUCAUUGGGUUUGAGGAGGAAGGGGGUCUUAGAUUUCUGAACUAGUUUUAUUAAAUAAACUUCCUCUGCAUACCUUAUAUAUACAUAGAUUGUAGAUGUGGGGGCUAGAAAAUUAGAUUGUGGUCUCUCCUGGGUCCAGCAGGGAACAUAGAAAUAGAGAAUUGUUAAGAUAAGACAAUGCAUUAAUUCCUAAUAGAGAAAUGGGUUGAACUUGGAGCUCCCUGGAGAGGAAGUAAUGUCUACCACUGGAGGUUAGCACCUCAGCAUCCUCAGUCUUGGAGUUGCCAAAGUAUUUCUGAAGGCAAAAUAUUUGCUUAGAGUCAGAAAAUCAUUAUGUGUCAGAAACAGACUUUGACCCCCAAGUGGUACUGACUCCCUUGAGCUGCUCCUUAACUCCUAAAAAGAGAUGCCAUGUAUCCUGGUCCAGACGUGCAUCAAGCUGAUUGCCAAACUAUGAACCAGUACUUCACCAGGGUUGUUGACCAGUUCUGAGUAGGUUGCAAACUGCCCACCAGCCAUAACUUAAUAAUGUUUUCCUGUCUGGCCCCCUUGGAUAUGGUGCCUUCCUUGGAUCUCGGUAUAUUAUGAACUAGCAUUACUAGAUUACUGUCUAUCCAAUGUGUUUCAAAUGACUUACUUUGCUAUUAUAUGUUAAAGAUCACAUUGAAAAGGGGGCAGACAGAGAUUAUGAAAAAUGUUUGCACAAAAAUAUUCAUAGCUUUGCUCUUUGUGAUGGCAAAAAGUUGGAAACUGAAAGGAUGUUCCUCAAUUGGGGGAUGGCUAAGCGAAUUGUGAUAUAUGAUGGUGAUGGAAUACUGUUGUGCUAUAAGGGAUGAUGAACUGCUUGAUUUCUAUCUGAACUGGAAAAACCUCCAUGAAUGGAUGCAGAGUAAAAUGAGCAGAACCAGGAGAACAUUGUACACAGUAACUGAAACAUUGGGAUGAUCAAAUGGAAUCGACUUUGCUACUAAUAGCACUACAAUGAUCCAGGACAACCCUGUGGGACUCAUGAGAGAGAAAGCUAUACACAUCCAGAGAAAGAACUGUGGGAGCAAAAACACAGAAGAGAAACAUGACUUAUCACUUGGUUCUAUGGGUAUAUGAUUGGAGGUUUUUGUUUUAAAAGAUCACUAUCAUUAAUAUAAAUAAUAUGAAAAUAGGUUUUGAGCAGUAACACAUGUAUAACCUAGUGGGAUUUUUUGUGAGCUCCAAGAGGAGGAAAGAGGGGAGGAAGAGAACAUGAAUCACGUAAGCAUGGGAAAAUAUUCUGGUUUUGGUCUGCAAGGCUUUGGAAUCAGUACCACAUUUGUGUCAUAAAAGGAAUUUGGUAAAACUCCUUUGCUUGUUUUGUCAGAUAGUUUGCAUAGUAUUGAGAUUAGUUCUUUAAAUGUUUGAUAGAAUUCAUUUGUGAAUCCAUCUGGCCCUGGUGAUUUUUUCUUAGGAAGUUCCUUGAUAAUUGUUUAAUUUCUUUUUCUGAGAUGGGGUUAUUUAAAUAUUCUAUUUCCUCUUUGUUAAUCUAGGCAAUUUAUAUUUUUGUAAAUAUUCACCCAUUUCACCUAGAUUGUCAUACUUUAUUGCCAUAUAAUUGAGCAAAAUAGUUAAUUUCAUUAGAGGUGAAAUCACCCCUUUCAUCUUCGAUGCUGUUAAUUUAAUUCUCUCUUUUUUUUUAAGAGAUCAAUCAGUACUUUAUUUUAUUUUUUUUCAAAGUACCAGCUCCUAGUCUUAUUUAUUAGUUCAAUAGUUCUUUUACUUUCAAUUUUAUUAAUUUCUCCUUUAUUUUUAGGAUUUCCAAUUUAGUUUUUAUCUGAGUAUUUUUAAUUUAUUCUUUUCCUAAUUUUUUAAGUUGUAAGUCCAAUUCAUUGAUCUCUCCUCCCUUUCUAUUUCAUUGGUAUAGGCACUCAGAGAGAUAAAAAAUUUUCCCUGAGUACUGCUUUGGCUAUUUCCCAUAAGUUUUGAUAUAUUGUCUCCUCAUUGUCAUUCUCUUUAAUGAAGUCAGUAAUUGUUUCUAUGAUUUCUUCUUUGACCCACCAGUUUUGAAGACUGAUUAUUUAAUUUCCAAUUAAUUUUAAAUUUGUCUUUCCAUGGACCCCUUGUUAAGUAUGAUUUUUAUUGCAUUAUGAUCUGAAAAAGUUGCAUUUAUUAUUUCUGCCUUUCUGCAUAUGUUUGCAAUAUUUCUAUGCCCUAGUACAUGGUCAAUCUUUGUAUAUGUACCAUUUACUGCUGAGAAGAGGGUAUAUUCCUUUUCAUCCUUAUUUAAUUUUCUCCUGAUAUCUCUUACCUCUAAUUUUUCUAGUAUUUCAUUUACUUCCCUUACUUCAUUCUUAUUUUUUGGUUUGAUUUACCUAGCUCUGAAAGGGGAAGGUUGAGAUCCCCCACUAGUAGGGUCUUACUAUCUAUUUCCUCCCUGAGCUCCUUGAAUUUUUCCUUUGGAAAUCUAGAUGCUAUGCCAUUUGGUGCAUAAAUGUUUAGUAAUGAUAUCACUUCAUUAUUUAUUAUACCCUUUAGCAAAAUGUAAUUUCCUUCCUUAUUUCUUUUAAUCAGAUCAAUUUCUAGUUUGACUUUGUCUGGUAUCAUGAUUGCUACUCCUGCUUUUUUUACUUUAGAUGAUGCAUAAUAAAUUCUGCUCCAGCCUUUUACCUUGAA